AUGGCAUCUCCCAAAGAACCUGUGUCAGUGUCUGCGGUAAAUACCAAAACGGAUGCCAGCAAAACCGUUGUCCGCGGCGCCUCCCUCCUCAUCAUCCUCCAAAUCGGCUCCCGCGCAGUCACCUUCAUCGCAAACCAGCUUCUCCUCCGCUUCCUGACUGCCCGCCUUCUCGGCGUCUCGACUCAAUUGGAGGUCUACUACCUUUCCGUCCUCUUCUUCGCCCGAGAAUCCCUGCGCGUUGCCGUCCAGCGCCAGGAAACUCAAGGCAGUGCCGCAGGCCAUUCCUCCAACAGCAAAAAGGAUGAUGAUCCGAAAGCUCGCAUAGGUCGAGAGAGCCAGGCCGUGGUCAACUUGGGCUACCUCGCCGUCCUCCUAGGCUUCUUUGUCACCAUCGGCCUCGGAUGGCUGUACCUCGCCUCCGUCGACUCGUCCACCGCCCAGACGCCAAACUUCCUCCUGGCCCUCCGCCUCUACGCCCUAGCCGCCAUCCUUGAACUCCUCUCGGAACCCUGCUUCGUUCUCAUGCAGACGCGCCUACGCUUUGGCACCCGCGCCACCGCCGAGUCCAUUGCGACCUUCCUCCGAUGCACCGUUACCUUUGCCACCGCCUUCUGGGCCUCCAGGGCUGGCGUCGAAUUCGGCGUGCUCCCCUUCGCCGUCGGUCAGCUCUCCUACGGCGCAAGUCUGCUGGUAGUCUACCUCUGGUCCGCAUCCCGACUCGCCCGCGCAGAUGGCUUCUCUCUCCUCCCAAAGAGCCUGGCUUCCAACUCUAGCGGCGUCGGAGAGGACUACCUCGCCUCCUACUUUUACCGCCCCACCGUCAGUCUGGCCUCCAGCAUGACAGCGCAAAGCCUCGUCAAGCACGUCCUCACCCAGGGCGACACCUUUCUCGUCUCGGUCCUGUCUACUCCCAAAUCCCAGGGCGUCUACGCGCUGGCCAGCAACUAUGGAGGUCUCCUGGCCCGUCUUGUCCUCCAGCCCAUUGAGGAGAGCAGCCGCAGCUACUUCAGCCGUCUGCUCUCCUCCCACGAUGCAAAGAUCAAAUCUUCACCAUCCACCAAGGACACGGCAGCAACAACCACAGCAAGCCAGCACCUUCAUACCCUCCUCAAAUUCUACAUCCUCCUCUCCUCCAUCAUCGUGAGUAUCGGCCCCGUCGCCGCACCGCCGCUCCUCUCCCUCGUCGCAGGCCAACGCUGGGCCUCCGAGGGCGCAGGCGACGUCCUGGCCGUCUACUGCUAUUACCUGCCCCUCCUCGCACUCAACGGCGUAUCCGAGUCCUUUGUCGCCUCCGUCGCCUCCGAGGCCCAGGUCCACCGCCAAUCCGCCUGGAUGGGCGCCUUCUCCGUCGCCUUUGGCUCGGCCGCCUUCUUCUUCAUGCGCGUCAUGGACCUCGGCGCCCAGGGCCUCGUCUACGCAAACUGCAUCAACAUGCUGUGCCGCAUCGUGUGGAGCCUCGCCUUCACCAAGUCGUACUUUGCAGGGUUGGAAACGCCGUUUGAACUCUUUUCGCUGCGGCCUAACGCCGUCACCUCUAUCGUCUGUCUAUCGGCGCCGCACCUCAUCAGGAGGGUUGCCGGGAUUGCCUCGGCGGGCGUGUCUACUUCCCCAUUCAAGGACCUCAUCGCCAUCGGCCUAGCCGCCGUUCCCGUCGUACUUUUGAUGUGA